UAUUGUAGUAUAUUUAAAUACUCGAAUACACUUUAAUCCAGGAACAUAACCUUUCUCACCUCUUUUUGAAGAAAUGUUUCAGCAAAUAAUGAGAAAUAAAAAAUAUUAGUAUCUCAGAUACAAAUAGACUUUUAGAGAUAAAUACUGCAACAUAUAGAGAAUGUGGUCAUAGUAUAUUAAACUAACAAAACCAUACCCUACUUAGUAUAACCAGGAAGGAGUAGUGUGGGAUCAAAAAUCACCCUUGAAUGGUGUGCUUGGGGGGGGGGGGGGUUGUAUUAUUCUUCACUAAAACAAAAGGACAACCUAGACACGUUCAGGAUGCAGACAUUUACGUGGCCUUAAAAUGUUAUCACAAGCUCUGGUCACUGUAUGUAAUCAUCCACAUAGAUAUAUAGAUAAGCUGUGGAAUCAUGCCGACUGUGAUAGUGAUUGAUGUAUCACUCUCAGUGACAAGGCCAGUCAUUUUACCAGAAACUGGAGAAACAUACAACCGUCAACAACUUGCUGUAUGUGGAAUCAACACCCUACUUGACUUCCUAGCUAUCCAUUCAAAGCUGGAAUUUGUUUCUCUGAUCGCGUUCUCUUCACUUUAUGAAAUAAUUUCCCCUUUCACACGUGAUUUUGAUGCCUUAAAAUUGAAGCUACAGCAACUGGAAGAAUAUGAUAAAACAUGCAUUGAGACAGCACUGCAUGGAGUCAACAGACUAGUCCUUGGAGAAUGGGGCAAUGCCACGCCUUGUCAGGUGGUACUGGUUACAGAUGGAAGUCCUGGAGUAGGCCCCAUGUCACUCAAGCAUUCACUGAGCACAUUAGCCCAACGAGACCCCGCGUCUCCUUUCCCAUUACCGUUUUCCUUCCCUGGUAAAUUAAGUGUCGUGUGUAUUGCUUCAACGGACGACCCUGGAUUACAGUUGGGUCUGCCGCUCUACCAUAGGUUAGUAGAGCUGGCAGGAUCUGACAGUGCAGUGCUUGUUCCGGAGGGACCCCUCUCUGUGAAAAGUGUGCAGACCAUGUUUCAGAAGCUGUCUGAGGCAAACUUUGCAUCAUUUCAGGGAAUGCUGAAGUGUGGUAACCUUGGAUCACAGAUUAUUCUUUCCCCAUCCCCUCAGCCAUUCUGUAAAGCAAAUGACUUUGAAUCAGUGAAAAGAAGCAUCUCUGAUACUAUUGAAGUGUGUGGGUUCAUAGACGUGACUGAUGUUGGUAGUCCCAUGGCUAUUUCUCGGCAUUUAGUGCUUCCCCACCCAACUGGAAAAAUAGAAGGUAUAUCAGCAGGAGUGAAAGUAGAAGUAGAUUCUGAAGAUGAAUCUAUGGUAGACGAAGGAAAAAUACCGUCAUUUUGUGUAUUACUGCAUGGUGCACUGAAAGUGGAAAACAUGGCAGCACUCUGCGUUUUAGCUGAGGAGUGGUUUGGAUUUGUUUAUUCAUGGGCUGACAGCAAGAAGAAGUCAAACUUGAUGCUAACGAUCCUAGAACCAGGAUCAAAUGUUGUACCAUGGCUGGGAGAUCUCAACAGACUGGGCUCUUUGGAAGACUUUCAUUCUAUGAACCAAGAAAAUGAGCUUGAACCUUCAUUUCCUGUCCGCCCACUCGAAAAAAGGAGUUAUUCUCAAAACUGUGUCGUGUGGAUACGGCAAGCGGGACUUCAGUCAGACAUACAGAAAAUACUUCGACAUGCACGUAAACUGCCUGACAAAACACAACAGUUUUACAAGGAACUCAACAGAGUGCGACGUGCAGCAAUAUCAUUUGGUUUCAUUGAACUCUUGGAUGGUCUAGCAGCCAUUUUUGAGCGUGAGUGUACAUUACUACCAGGCACAGCACAUCCUGACUGUGCCCUCCAGUUAACACACGCAGCAGGUGUUCUGCAUAAACCUUACAGCAGAGAUUUCAACUACAACAUAACUGCACUACGAACAAAGUUUAUUAAUGAUGACUGAAAAUGACUGAUUUGAAUUGUGUGCCACAGUGUUACAUUACCAUGUUUACUCUGAUUGCAUUUAACCUAUAGUCCGCGACUGUAAUCUUGUGACUUACAGAGUGAGGAAGUGGGGUGAAGGAGGAAAGAUAGCGUCUGCCUUUAACGCUUCGGACUUCCUGCGUUCCUCGCAAGUCUCAAGAUUACAGUCGUGUACUGUACAUAUGGACUGAAUUUAUAAUUAUUUGGCAUACUACCUGACAAUUUCCUUGCCUGUCAUAAAUAUUGGAAUGGUAGAAAUUCAAAUAUUUCUCCCCUUGGCUAAUUAAAGCAAAUAUGAUUUGUCUAGUUA